GGGUGGGUGGGAGCCGCUCCGCUGGGCUCCACUCCACUCCACGGUGAUGUAACAGGAAGCAGUGGGCUGACUUCCAACGUCAAGCUGAAGCCGCCGGAGCUGCGCGCAGAGCUGCCGCAGAUCCGAACCGAGCCGAACCGGACCGGACCGGAGGAGCGUGAUCGGAUCCGAACCGCUGCGGAAUAGCCGUGACCGACCUGAAGCUGGUGAAUCAUCGUUAGCUGACAUGGCUGAGAGGAAAUUAGACGGCUUCAGAUGGAGCUGGAUGGUCGCACUCAUUCUUCUGUGCAACCUAAAAACAUUCCUGGUGAGGGCCAGCAUGGAAGUGAAUGAAAGCCAGCAGCAGCAUCCCAACAACGUCUACCACGAAUUUGGGAUCACCAGGAACAAGAUCGUCACGGCGCAGUUCGAGUGCUACCAGAAGAUCAUGAAGGACAACGCAAACGGCAGACAUGAGCCCAUGUGUAAUCGGACCUGGGAUGGAUGGCUGUGCUGGGAUGACACUCAAGCCGGAGUCACGUCGGAGCAGCACUGCCCGGACUACUUCCAGGAUUUUGAUCCUUCUGAAAUGGUGACAAAGAUUUGCACCGACAGCGGUCAGUGGUUUGUUCAUCCUGAGAGCAACCGGACCUGGACCAACUACACGCGCUGCAACGAACACACGAACGAAGGAAUCAUGACCGCAAUGAAUCAUUUCUACUUGACCCUCAUUGGACAUGGACUCUCCCUGGUGUCCCUCUUCAUCUCACUGGCUAUUUUCUUCCAUUUCAAAAGUCUGAGUUGCCAGAGGAUUACUCUUCACAAGAACCUUUUCUUCUCUUUUGUCCUGAACUCUGUCAUCACUAUCAUUUGGCUAACUGCAGUGGCUAACAACCGGGAGCUGGUGCAAAGAAAUCCAAUGAGCUGUAAAGUGUCCCAGUUUAUCCACCUUUACCUGUUUGGCUGUAAUUACUUCUGGAUGCUGUGUGAGGGGAUUUACCUUCACACGCUCAUCGUGGUGGCCGUGUUCGCCGAGAAGCAGCACCUCAUGUGGUAUUAUCUGCUCGGCUGGGGCUUUCCUCUGAUUCCUGCGUCCAUACACGCCAUCGCUCGGACCUACUACUACAACGAUAACUGCUGGAUCAGCUCCAAAACGUCGCUGCUCUACAUCAUCCACGGCCCCAUAUGUGCAGCUCUGCUGGUGAACCUGUUCUUUCUGCUGAACAUCGUCCGGGUUCUGAUCACCAAGCUGAAGGUGACGCACCAGGCCGAGUCCAGUCUGUACAUGAAGGCGGUCAGAGCCACGCUCAUCCUGGUUCCUCUGCUGGGGAUCGAGUUCGUCCUGCUGCCCUACAAACCCGAAGGACGCGUCUCCUCCGAAAUAUACGACUACAUUAUGCACAUACUGAUGCACUACCAGGGUCUGCUUGUGGCAACCAUCUUCUGCUUCUUCAACGGAGAAGUCCAGGCGGUUCUGAGGCGGCACUGGAACCAGCACCACAUCCAGUUCGGCAGCAGCAUCGGGAACCACUCGGACGCCCUGCGCUCGGCCUCCUACACGGCCUCCUCCAUCAUCGAGGUGCAGGGCUGCUACUCCAUCGAUGGCCACACGGAGCACAUGAACGGGAAGAGCUUCCACGACACGGACGUCUCCGUCCUGAAGUCGGACAGCACCUUCGCCUGACGCCCGGCUGCGCCCGCAGGAACGGCGCCGAGGAGCGGAUCCAGCCUGGCUACGGAAACGCUCGCUCGUCUAGGCGAGGUGAGCGCGGCGCCGCUUCUCCGUCCUCCGCUCUGUUGACGGGUUCUGACAUUCUAGCCAUUCUUAGUGACUGCUGGAUCAUUGUCUUGGCGUCACGAUGUGGACAGAAGCCGUUCGGUUUCACUGUAAGAAAACGCAAACUGUGCCAAACCCAACUCUCCGUUUGUUGUGUCCAAGUACUGGAGAUGCAUAGAUUACAAUCCAACGAAGCUGCGCCAUCAUCUUGUUUCUAUGACAACGCAUUAGGACCGCUGCAGACAGAAAAAGGCAAUACAUUUCUGAAAAAGAAAAAAAAAA